AUGAAAGAGGAAUCUACAGGGUUAAUUAUUGGGAUUUCCAUAGAUUCAACCUUAGCUCCUGAAUCUCCUGUUAGGUCUGGAAGAAAUGGCAUGAAUUUUUGGAUUGAUGGUUUCAAGAAGAGUAACAUGGUUUCUGCAUCUGGAAUACUUGAAUAUUCAUACAAGGACUUACAAAAGGCCACAUAUAAUUUCACAACACUGAUAGGACAAGGUGCAUUUGGUCUUGUAUAUAAAGCUCAAAUGUCUACCGGUGAGACUGUUGCGGUGAAAGUUCUUGCAACCAAUUCUAAACAAGGGGAGAAAGAAUUUCACACCGAGGUUAUGUUGUUGGGAAGAUUACACCAUAGAAACUUGGUGAAUUUGGUUGGAUAUUGUGCAGAAAAGGGUCAACAUAUGCUUGUUUAUGUCUACAUGAGUAAAGGCAACUUGGCUUCCCACUUGUACAGUGAAGAGAAUGGGAAUCUGGGCUGGGAUUUGAGGGUUCAUAUAGCUUUAGAUGUAGCAAGAGGCCUGGAGUAUCUUCACGAUGGGGCCGUUCCUCCUGUCAUCCAUCGCGACAUCAAAUCUAACAAUAUUCUCUUGGAUCAGUCCAUGCGAGCCCGGGUUGCUGAUUUUGGACUUUCACGAGAAGAGAUGGUGGAUAAACAUGCAGCUAUUCGCGGUACCUUUGGCUAUCUUGAUCCCGAGUAUAUAUCUUCAGGGACAUUCACGAAGAAAAGUGAUGUAUACAGUUUCGGAGUGUUGCUCUUUGAACUCAUAGCCGGACGAAACCCUCAGCAGGGUCUUAUGGAAUAUGUUGAACUUGCGGCGAUGAACACCGAAGGGAAAGUCGGUUGGGAGGAGAUAGUUGAUUCAAAGCUCGAAGGAAAAUGUGAUUUCCAAGAAUUAAACGAAGUAGCAGCACUUGCGUACAAAUGCAUCAACCGCGCCCCGAGGAAGCGUCCUUCGAUGAGGGACAUAGUUCAAGUAUUGACUCGGAUCCUUAAAGCAAGGCACCAGAGGAAUCAUCAUCACAAGAAUUCGCUUUCGGAGACAGCAGAUGAAGUUGCAAUGGAUGUCGAUGAGGCGGAAAAUAAGGAUUCUGUUACUACUGACCACCACAGAAGAGAUGAAUCUAUAGAUAGUACAACUGACAUGUAUGAUUUGUGA